AUGGUGACUGGAGGUGCCAACUUGGGAAAGAUUGGUGUGAUCACCAACAGGGAGAGACAUCCUGGCUCUUUUGAUGUGGUUCAUGUGAAAGAUACCAGUGCCGCUGUACGAUUCAGUUCAGUAGCCGAAAAUGAAGAUGCCCUUCUCAGACAUUUGUUCCAUGGGUAUCAGAAAUGGGUUCGCCCUGUAUUAAAUUCGAAUGACACCAUAAAAGUAUAUUUUGGAUUGAAAAUAUCUCAGCUCGUGGAUGUGGAUGAAAAGAAUCAAUUGAUGACAACAAACGUGUGGCUAAAACAGGAAUGGACAGAUCACAAAUUAUGCUGGAAUCCUGAUGAGUAUGGUGGAAUCCAUUCCAUUAAAGUCCCAUCAGAAUCUCUCUGGCUUCCUGACAUUGUUCUCUUUGAAAAUGCUGAUGGACACUUUGAAGGCUCCCUUAUGACCAAGGUCAUAGUGAAAGCCAACGGAACAGUCACUUGGACUCCUCCUGCCAGCUACAAAAGCUCAUGCACCAUGGAUGUCACAUUUUUCCCAUUUGACCGGCAGAACUGCUCAAUGAAGUUUGGAUCCUGGACUUAUGAUGGUACCAUGGUUGACCUCAUUUUAAUAAAUGAAAAUGUUGACAGAAAAGACUUCUUUGAUAAUGGAGAAUGGGAAAUACUGAAUGCAAAAGGGAUGAAGGGUAACAGAAGAGAAGGUUUAUAUUCAUACCCAUUUAUUACUUAUUCAUUUGUCCUGAGACGGCUGCCUUUGUUUUACACUCUGUUUCUGAUAAUCCCCUGCCUGGGAUUGUCUUUUCUAACAGUUCUUGUGUUCUAUUUACCUUCUGAUGAAGGAGAAAAACUUUCCUUAUCAACAUCUGUCUUAGUUUCGCUGACAGUUUUUCUUUUAGUGAUUGAAGAAAUAAUCCCGUCUUCUUCCAAAGUCAUUCCUCUCAUUGGAGAGUACCUGCUGUUCAUUAUGAUUUUUGUUACCCUGUCAAUUAUUGUUACUGUCUUUGUAAUUAAUGUCCACCACAGAUCUUCCUCCACAUACCAUCCUAUGGCGCCCUGGGUGAAGAGGCUAUUUCUGCAAAAACUUCCUCAGUUACUUUGUAUGAAAGACCAUGUGGAUCGUUACUCUUUCCCAGGAAAAGACAGGAAUAAGUCAACAGUGAAAGGUAAAGUUCUGGAUAAAAAGAAACAGAAGGAAACUAGCAAUGAAGAAAAGGUUCUGGUUGCUUUCUUGGAAAAGGCUGCUGAAUCCAUUCGGUAUAUCUCAAGGCACGUGAGGAAAGAGCAUUUUAUCAGCCAGGUAGUGCAAGACUGGAAAUUUGUGGCUCAAGUUCUUGAUCGAAUCUUCCUGUGGCUCUUUCUGGUAGUGUCAGUCACAGGCUCUGUUCUGAUUUUCACUCCUGCCUUGAAGAUGUGGCUGCAAAGUUACCAUUAACAGUGACUCUCCAGAGUGGCUCAGAGCCAUUCCAUAAAGACACAGUCACCCCUUAGAUCUGACUAACAUGUACAUGAAUCCAAACAUACACACUCAUUCCAACAGCCCUUCAAGAAAAUUGAACAUCACUUGCUGGGAGAAACCUGGGUAAAUCUGUGCUGCCCAAGUGAAUUGGUGACUGCCAGUACAGGGAGUUGGGUUUAAAGGAUUCAGAGGUCUGCAGGUCAUGCUAUUUGUGUGGCGGCUGCUUCUGCCUGUAGGGGUUUGGUCUGAAUUGCCACUGGACUUGUAUAGCGCAUUCCCAGCUACAUGGAUGAGUGGAUCUCAGUGCUGGUUUGGGGAAUAACCCUGGCACAACACUUGGCACAGCACACUUGUUUUGACACAAAUUCUAAUAUGCCACUAGUCCACUAAUGUUCCCACACCAUAGAAUUCAUUAAAAACAACCUUGUUUGUGUAUGGUAAGACUUCUAAGGCAAGCAGCAGCCGUGGCUUGUUCAUCUUCCUCUAAGGAUUUUCUGAUGGUGAAAGCAGAACUUGCAGUGAGUGAUGAUUUGCUCUAAGGUCCUAUAAAAAUAAGUCAUGGUAGAAACAAAGUCAUCUGCUACCAGAGGUGCACUCAUUAAUACCCAUUCAUCUUCUACUAGAAAAUCAAAGUAGUAAAUAAUCUCUGAUGAUGGUUCUUAAUGUCACUACAUCUGGUGGAAUCCAUGCCAGGGAUUCUCAGGUUUUGCCUUCUGUUUCCCUGUCUCUGGGUCUAAGGUGCAUUUCACCCUGCCUCACCCCACCACAACGUUCCUGAGGAGACUAACUGGAUUUUAACUUAAAGCAACUUUUGGCUCAGUUACAAACCCAACUCCCUUUAGGAACAUUUUGUUUUAAGGAGAGCUCUUGUAACUAGUUUGCAGGAUGAACUUUUAAAUAUCUAAUCUAAAUCUUUAACCCAUUUACAUGUAUUGUUACUGUUGAUGUGUUUGAUCUCACCCAAGUCUUCGGUUUUAUGUUUUUUGGGUAUGGCUUUCUUGUUCUUUUGUUUUUUUUUUCCCUUUCUUUUCAGCCUUGAUUGGG